GCGAUUAGCGAUGGUGUUUGGGUGGUGGUGGAAGAGAAGGACAAAACAAAACACAUAUUUCCUUUCUUGAUUGAUUGAUUGAUUAUUAGGUCAAACAAAACGAAAGAAAAUCAUUACCCGAUGCAAGGUGUGGUGGUGCUCAACACACAAUCUUACUGCAGAACUGUCCUUCAACCUUCUUCUUUCACCAGAAAGGGCACGAUGUUUUUUGGUACCAAUCUUCCUUUUAGGUCAACUAGUAACAACCACCUUCUGCCGCCUCCUUCCCUCUGCUUUCAUAAACCUCCAUUUGCUAUAAAGGCCGUUGCCAUUCCAAAUCCAGCUGUGGAAUUGCCAUUAACUGCUGAAAAUGUAGAAACUGUGUUGGAUGAAAUUCGGCCGUAUCUCAUAUCAGACGGUGGAAAUGUCGCUCUACAUGAAAUCGAUGGAAAUGUUGUACGGUUGAAGUUACAGGGUGCUUGUGGGUCGUGUCCGAGUUCUGUUAUGACAAUGAAAAUGGGCAUUGAGCGUCGAUUAAUGGAAAAGAUCCCUGAAAUAGUCGCAGUCGAACCGGUAACUGAUGAAGAAACUGGUCUCGAGCUAAAUGAUGAAAAUAUAGAGAAGGUUCUAGAGGAAUUAAGGCCGUACCUGGUAGGGGCAGCUGGUGGAACUCUUGAAUUGGUAGCAAUUGAGGAGCCAAUAGUAAAGGUCCGAAUCACAGGUCCAGCUGCCGGUGUCAUGACUGUGCGUGUUGCUGUUACACAAAAAUUGCGAGAAAAAAUACCUGCCAUAGCAGCAGUUCAGCUGCUAUGAUAUUUUGGUACACAAAGUGAGAAGAUAAGUAAUGACAUUCUUGUAAUUUUUCAUGAACGCCAAUGGGAAUGAAGUAUGACAUGUGAUGUAUAGUAAAUUCAAUAUUAUAAUGUUUUCACAGAGUGGAAGAAGCCUUCCAUUAUUAUUACAGUCAAAGUCAAACUAAUGUUUAUUGUGUAUCUGUAGCUCCAUUAUUUUGAAAUCGUGAUUCAUAGAAUGGCUACAUGUUUAUCCUGACUAUAAUAGUAUAAUGUCAAAAAUCAAACAUGUA